AUGGGUAAAUAUAGUUGGAUGUUUGAUUGGUUAGUCAAUAGGACAACCACCGCAGGUCUCAGCGGUAGGAAGUUACGUGUUGCAGUUACAUUCACUGCCACCAUUGGCUUUUCCCUUUUUGGUUAUGAUCAAGGUCUUAUGUCGGGUAUAAUCACCGGUGAGCAGUUUAAUAAAGAUUUCCCACCUACGCUUGACAACAAGACUAUUCAAGGUGCAGUUGUUGCAUGUUAUGAAUUGGGAUGUUUCUUUGGUGCGCUUUUUGCCUUACUUAGAGCUGAUAGAAUUGGAAGGAAACCAAUAAUUAUAGUUGGUGCAAUAAUCAUCAUUAUUGGUACGAUUAUAUCUGUUACUCCAAUGAGACCUCAUUGGCAAACUGGUCAAUUCGUCAUUGGUAGAGUUGUUACUGGUGUUGGUAAUGGUAUGAAUACGGCAACUAUCCCCGUGUGGCAAUCGGAAAUGUCUAGAGCUGAAAACAGAGGUAAGUUGGUCAAUAUUGAAGGUGCUGUGAUUGCCAUUGGUACAUGUAUUGCUUAUUGGAUUGAUUUUGGAUUUUCUUACGUCAAUAAUUCGGCACAAUGGAGAUUUCCCACCGCAUUCCAAGUUGUGUUUGCCGGUUUACUUUUAGCUGGUAUUAUUGUUAUGCCAGAGUCACCUCGUUGGUUGAUUGCGCAUGAUCGUAAACCAGAAGCUUAUGAAGUAUUGGGUUACCUCAAUGACUUACCACCUGAUGAUGAUGCUAUUGUUGCUGAAGCCAGUACAAUUGUUGAUGCCGUUAACAGAUUCACUAGUGCACAAACCGGUUUCAAGGACUUGUUCACAGGGGGAAGAACUCAGCAUUUCCAAAGAAUGAUUAUAGGUUCAUCAUCACAGUUUUUCCAACAAUUUACUGGUUGUAAUGCUGCCAUCUACUAUUCAACUAUUUUGUUCCAUGAGACUAUUUUCAAUGGAGACAAGUAUAGGUUGUCAUUGAUUUUGGGAGGUGUUUUUGCAACUAUUUACGCACUAGCCACCAUCCCCUCCUUCUUCUUAAUUGACACAGUUGGUAGAAGAAAAUUGUUUUUGAUCGGUGCCAUUGGCCAAGGGUGCUCAUUCAUUAUUUCAUUUGCCUGUUUGGUUAACCCAACAGAAGAGAAUGCUAAAGGUGCUGCUGUUGGUAUCUUUUUAUUCAUUGUGUUUUUCGCCUUCACAAUCUUGCCAUUGCCAUGGAUAUACCCACCAGAGAUUAAUCCAUUAAGAACUAGAACAACUGCAUCUGCUGUUUCUACUUGUACCAAUUGGAUUACAAAUUUUGCUGUUGUUAUGUUUACACCGGAGUUUAUUGAAAGGUCCAACUGGGGUACCUACUUAUUUUUUGCUUGCUUCAAUUUCCUUUUCGUGCCAGUCAUUUUCUUUUUCUACCCAGAAACCGCAGGUAGGUCUUUGGAAGAGAUUGACAUCAUCUUUGCCAAAGCACACGUGGAAGGAAGACAACCAUGGAGAGUUGCUGCCACCAUGCCUAAGUUGUCAUUACAAGAAAUCGAUGAACAGAGUAAGAAUUUGGGGUUGUUUGAUGAAAAUUUUGACAAGGAUAAUUUUGAAACUAAAGAGGAUAUUAGUGAAUCAUCAAGCAGCGAAGGAUUGAGAAACAGGGAUCAUGGUAUGUUUGAAAAGGAUUCUCAACAAUCGGAAAAUGAAUCAACUGCUAGAGAUGAUGGUAGAGUCUAA